AGUUUUGCGUCACUGAAUGAACACAAUGUUCAAAACUGCAGUGUUUUUCGUGGUCCUUGGCUUGGUUUGCCUUGCGGUUUCUUUGCCUAAUCAGAAAAAGCAGUUUUCCGCUACAUCAAGUCGUGGUUUACUGGACUUUGGGUACAUGAUAUACUGUGGUACAGGGCGUAACCCACUKGACUACAAUAACUAUGGGUGUUGGUGUGGGUUUGGUGGUCAUGGGACUCCUUUAGACAACYUAGACAGGUGUUGUAUGGUGCAUGAUAAUUGCUAUGAUAAAGUCCAUAAAUCUGGUGUUUGRCCAUUUCAAGCAGCGGUCUAUACCUUCCCUUACAGUACUACUGGCUGUACCAACUGCAGGCCRGCGAGUUAUUACUGGUUUCAAGGAUUUGCCGAAUUAGCAAUGAGAAAAGAACAAGAGAAAGAAUUGAAAGAAAGUGAAAAGAAGAAAAAGAAAUAGGAGGUAAAACCAUUACUUACCACAUUUUGUGCAUCCAGUAACUUUAUAUUUGUCCAUGUAGACCUCGAGGGGAUUCUUGCAGUCGUUACCAUACAUGAUUCGAUCAUAGCAGUGAUCGUGUGCCUUACAACAACUAAAACAUYUCUACUAUUAAUUAUACAGCUAUUAUCUAAGACCAUGGUACUGCAUUACGUACCUGUCUACAGGGUCCAAUGCAGGUCCUUGUCCCCCUGGCCCACAGUAACAUCCGUAUCCUAUAUACUGUACCCAACUGUUCUUUGUCGAGCAAUCUAUCAUGUUCGCCAGUUGAC